CAUUUGAUGCCAAACACAAUUGUUGUUUCACAGCCUGAUAGCUCUUCAAAUCUAUUACUCGUUUUCUUUCUGGUAUAACAUUACACUUGACAUUUGACCAACAAAAAUUUAGUAUUCUUUCCUACUAGUAUUUGGUUGAAUUGWUUUAUAAAUUCUAAGUAUUUGGAUUACCAUUAAUCCUUCAUUGAUAUUGUAAAACGAUUAACAUGUGUGAAGAUUGGAUGGUCGAGUGUCCACGAUGCUCUGUAUUCCUAAACAUCGCUGUGUGGGUGUCUCUACUGUUGAUAUGUUGGUGUGCUUCAGACUCGAAUGCCUACAAUGGUUCUGUGUCUCCUCAAAGCCUCACCGCUCUGCCUGUUGUGUUAUUCCUUCUUGUUUAUGCAUGCUAUAUGACAGAAUGCUACUUUUCAUCAACAAGAAAACAUCUCACCAAAGCGUUAAAACGAGAAACUAUCACAGAGUACUUAGAAAGACUUAGUCUAACGCGCCCAACGAUCACAUUUAACGCAGUAUGUUGGCAUCAUGAAACCAAGACGAGAUUAGUUCCUCUAGUAGAUCGACGAGGCAAGACAAGAAUGCAGACAGAAACAUAUCGAGAUAAAGUCAUUACAAUGACAAAUAAGGAGCAAUUCAAUUUUUCCAAGUGGGAUGACCAGACAGAGGUACCAGUAGAUCUCUCCUCCUACAGCAUGGCUGUUGUCUCGUUYACCAAGACAUUCACCUUCAAAGAAGACUCCUCGAAAACCUUGUUCACAAACCUGUCGUGUGGUUUUCAAGCACGGCACAGACACGUCGACAAAUAUUUGGACUAUGAGGAAGAAAUGGUACUUGAAGGGUUUUCCGAUCACGUGAUAGCUUAURUCAACCUGGAAGAGAAGAMGAAAUGGAUGAAUAUUUGGGUUUAUUGGAUCUGUUCUAUCUUCAUCCUGAGUUGGUUUUUCCGAUGGAUGAUUUCACGAAGAACCAUUUACUGUGACGUCAAAAUCGUCAAAGAAGUUGAGUUUUCUGUUUAAGUGUUAGAGCUGCACACAAAGUAUUUGAGCAAAGUACACAAGCRKUUAAUAAAUUCUAUGGACASGACAUAGAUCUGCUAACAAAAUCACACCGUACAUGACGCCACGGUGUUUGAUUUCCUAGUUAACUGUUGUGCCUAAACUGUCUGAAAUGUUUAAAAGGAAUUAAUGUAAUUAUAUUUUUGUACACUGGAGUAAACAUUGAUAUGAAUAAUGCACGUAAAAUGAAAAUAUUUUAAGCUGAAAAAUUGGGCRAAAGUCGCUAAUUUCAUCUAAAAAUCAUCAUGUAAUAAGACAAGGCGCUGAAUUGUUGCAUGGAUUAUCAGUUGCACCCUUCAUGGUACUUACAUAGUAACAGGCCAUGCUGCUUGCAGUCAUAGAGGRAAAAAACGCUCAAUUUUUGUAGAAGGGUUUUGUUCAAAUAAAUAAAAAAUUGAUGAGACA